AACAUUUCUUUUAAUCCCCCAGCCGCGACACAGCCGGCCCCUCUGCUCCUCACUGUGCGGCCUGUCAAGCAGGUCGGGCCAGUAGCAGAUUUCCACCGAAGGUGAUCGUCGGGGGACCGCUCUAAUGGCGACUGAGUCGUCGGAGGGAGAGGAAGAAGGGAAGCUGACAGGUGGCAGUCCCGUGCUCUCGGUGGAUGAGGACCUGAGGGAGAUGGGGAAUAAAGCGGCGUGGAGUGUGAGCUCCUGCAAGUCCGGCAACGGCGUCUCUUCUCUUCGUGACGACAACCUCGAGACCUAUUGGCAAUCCGACGGUGCUCAACCACAUUUGGUGAAUGUUCAGUUUCAGAAGAAAGUGAAGCUCCAACUGGUUGUCCUGUACGUGGAUUAUAAGCUCGACGAGAGCUAUACGCCGAGUAAGGUCUCCAUUCGAGCUGGAGAUGGCUUCCACAAUUUGAAGGAGAUAAGGAGCGUGGAACUGGUAAAGCCAACUGGAUGGGUUUAUAUAUCCCUUUCAGGAAAUGAUCCUCGGGAAACCUUUGUGAACACUUUUAUGUUGCAAAUAGCUGUCCUUUCAAAUCAUCUAAAUGGAAGAGAUACCCACGUGCGCCAGAUCAAAGUUUACGGCCCUAGACCAUCUUCCUACAGGAAUCCAAUACCCCACCAGCGAUUUCAAUUCACCUCAACAGAACUCAAUACGUAUGCUUUUGUGAGAUAACUUAAGUGUAACCCUGCUGAACCUCCAAGGGUUGGUGAAGAUGGGUGGGACGUGCGUGUGCUUCACGGGAAGUGUGGGUCUUAGUCUCAAAAUUCGCCACUAAAGUUAUGUGUGAGCCAAAAUGGUACCCAAGUAAGUUCGCAGUAUGUCGUGAACAUAUUUCUCCAAUUCUGAGAAGUUUCGAAGUUUCGAAGUUUCUGCUUGUCCUCGUGUUUUAACUGUUCUGCUUGUGUAAGUGGAAGUUAUAUAUGUGUGUGUGCUUGUAGAAUCUUGGACGGUUCAACAUCUGAUUUUAUACAUUGGAAAAUUUUAACCUGCUAAAUUAUAUAAAAUAACAGAUUUUGCUGUUUA